GGACCAGUUUUCGUUGAGUUCCCAAUAGACACACUUUAUCCAUAUCAACUUGUGAAAAAAGAAAUAGGAAUGAAAGACACAGGUCCAUCCAGCUUGGGUCAACGUGUAGUCAACUGGUAUGUUACUAAAAAAAAUUAUGUAAAAUUCAAUAUUCAGGCUUUUCACAACUGUUGUGACUCCUGAUUGCCACUUAUUUCAUACAAAGCUUUUUCUGAUUUUCAAGUUGCAUUGCCACCUACUGAAAUUAUAUGUCAGAAAUGUGAGCCGUUAAGAUUUCAACCUAUCAAAACUCAUAAUUAUCUGAAACAAGAUGCCUUUUUGAAAUUAAAAAAAAAAAUUUUUUUAAAAUCUCCUUCCAGACAGACAAACGUAGGGAUUUAUGUUAUCAUUUAUAAUAUCACACAUCUACACAGGUACCUUAGUAACCAUCUCAGUAGUCUGUUUGCUGGUGCAUGGGAGGCUAGAGAGAGUGGGCCGUUACCUGUUCAAAUUCCCAAAGCUUCAAAUUCCCAG